UAAAAGCUCGAUAAUUCACACUUCAUUAAUUCGAAAUUACCGAUAAUUCGAAUCAGCCGCCAUGGUCCGGCCACGCUGCAUUGAGUUCUAUGUGUAAAUAUUCCUCUAAUUGGUUGGCAAAUUUGUUCCGCCACCGAUAAUUCGAACCAAGCGCCACCGUGCGGAGGUAUAGUAAACCGCAGUGAAGAGCUUUCCAAGCCAAGCGAUAGAUGGCGCGUCCGGCGCAGCGGCCGACCUAGCAACCCAGCUCGCCGGGCUGUCCUUGAGCUAGCAUCUCCGUCGUCUCCGGCUAGGCCUUUCCGCCUCGCUUAUUUUGUUUUUUUGCCGUUUCGCGAUGUCGACGUCGGUUCGCGGAAAGUACCGCGCCAAAACACUGAAGGAAAAAGUUGAAAUUCUUCGGGAGGUCGACGCCAAGAAUGCAAGCAAGCAAGAUAUCGCAAAGAAGUUCGGAAUUCCUCGAAGCACGUUGUCUACGUACAUCCGGAAUAAGAAGGCUAUCGUGGAUGCCUACGAGGUCGAAGCCUUCAGUGGCGACCGCAAAAGACUUCGCCCUGCCAAGUACCCGGAUUUAGAGAAAGCUUUGGUGACUUGGAUCAAAGAUAUGAGAAGUUUGAACCUUCCGCUAAGCGGCUCCGUCAUAAUGGCGAAGGCAGCCGACUUUGCACUGCGCUUGGAACACGACGACUUCGCCGCCUCCGAAGGGUGGUUUCACCGUUUUCGCGAGAGGCACGACCUUGUUUUUCGUGCAGUGUCUGGGGAAGGGCAAGAUACCAACAUGGAAACGUGCGCAACGUGGAAGAGUGGAGCGCUGCAAGACUACCUGCGCAGCUACUCGCCGUGUGACAUUUUUAAUGGGGACGAGACUGCCUUGUUUUUCAAACUCCUGCCAAACAAGACCAUCACCUACAAGGGGGAUAACUGCGCUGGCGGUAAGCGAAGCAAGGAACGCGUAACUGUCAUGCUUGCAGCCAACAUGACGGGGACGGAGAAGCUGCCUCUCUUUGUGAUAGGCAAAUCGGCAAAGCCUCGCUGCUUUAAAAACAUACGCUCUCUGCCCACCGACUAUGCGGCAAACAAGAAGGCUUGGAUGACCGGCGCGUUGUUUGAGCAGUGGCUCAGAAAGCUAGACAAAAAGUUUGAGCUGCGCAAUCGGCAAGUCUUGCUCCUUGUCGAUAACUGUUCGGCCCACAAUGUGGACAUUGAGCUGAAGGCCAUUCAGUUAGCUUUCCUACCACCCAACACGACCAGCAUGCUGCAGCCCAUGGACCAGGGCGUGAUUAAAAACAUGAAGACAUUUUAUAGACGCCACUUGCUCGAGCGCAUGAUUUUGUGCUCGGGAAACGAGAGCCCCUACAACAUCACGCUCCUUACUGCGAUGCACAUGCUUGUGCAUGCCUGGGAUCAGGUGACAGCGGCAACGAUCGCAAACUGCUUCCGUCACUGCGGUUUCGAUAUUGCAAGCUCAGAGGCGACAGCCGAUUCGACGGCCACGGCCGAUUCCGGACAGGACGGGGAAGACAUUCCGGCGAGUGUACGCCAGGCGCUGCAAGACGUCGAUUUCACGGAUUACGUCGAUGCAGACAAAAGCGCGAUGGUGUGUGGUGCCUUGACUGACGAGGAGAUAAUCGCGCAUGUCAGGGGCGGAGAACCCGCCAUGGAGGAUGAUGAUGGUGAAGAAGAAAACGAAGAAGCGCCUGUGCGUCCAUGCGCGUCGGAAGUCAUGGAGGCUCUCGACGUUGUCCGUCGCUUCUUUAGCUUUGAAGAAGACGGAGAAGAUGCUUUCCGCCACGUUCAAGCUCUUGAAGGAAAAGUUAUGACAGCUGUUUUCUUUAAAAAAAAGCAGAAAAAGAUAAGCGACUUCUUUGCUCAAUAAAGAUGGCGGCCCCGAGCGGUUAUGCGGCCUCUAGAUUCCAAACGUGACCGCAAUUCUUUGACUUUCGUUAGUUCGAAUUUCUUUUAAUUCGAAUUUGUUUUGCGUCCCCGUGAAAUUCGAAUUAACGAGCUUUUA